AUGGAGCGCCGGGCUUUGGCCGCUGUACUGGUGACCUUGGUGGCCGUGUCGUGCGUUGGCGGGCAAGCGCCGGCUGCUGCGCCUGCCGCCACCCCAGCGGUCCCCGCGGCAUCGCCGUCAAAGUCGGUCACCCCAGUCCCGGCCGCUGCGCCGACGAAGCAAACUCCCGCCCCUGCUGCGGCUCCGGUGUCCUCUCCGCCACCUGCAGCCCCGAAGGCCUCGCCACCGACUGUUGCUCCCGCGCCGGUGACCCCCGCGGUGCCGCCGCCAACUGCGCCGCCUGCUAAGGCCCCCGCGUUGGCGCCUCCGGCACCGGUCUCGGCUCCUCCCGCUGCUGUCCCAGUGAGUGCACCGGUUGCUUCUCCCCCCGCAUUGCCGCCUUCGGCCCCGGAACCGGUUGCUCCUACUCCCACCAUCCCCUCCUCUCCUGUUCCAUCCGCUGAACCACCGGUUCCGGUCGAAGAGCCUGCCCCUGCACCGAGCAAGAAGAAGUCGAAGAAGAAGAAGAAGACUCCGGCGGCUGCUCCCGAACCGGCCGCCGCCAGCCCCCCGGCGCCGCCCGCCGAGGUCCCCGGGCCAUCUCAGGAUGCCACUGCUCCCGUCGCCGACGACACGGUACGCCGUCUUUCCCUCCCCCUUAGCCGCCUUCAGGUUCAGCCUAUCAUACACGGCAACAAACGUGAUCUGGCCUCAAAUCGUCAGAUCUCCAUGAACACUCAAUGCAACUCACCGACAGUACCCCGAAUGCCGGAUCCUUGCGCCAUUGCGGCAGAUCCGCCUGUGUAG